AUGCAAACGAAUAUAACUUCUCAACAAAUCGUUGCAGAACCAUUACCCGAUGAUUGUUGGGAAUCUAUCUUUAGAUUCGUCAUCAACGAUGACGAUGAUUGCAACAACAAUAACUACUUGAAUUCUCUAUCUCUUGUCUCCAAACGGUUCCUCUCCAUAAUUGAUCGUUUCCGAUUCUCACUUAUUGUCUAUCAUGAAUUAUCAUGUUGUCACCUCUUCAAACGAUUUACCAACCUCAAUUCCCUCAACCUCACAGGCAACUACAUUGACCUCGACAAUCUUCUCAUCGAAAUCUCGAGUUUCCCAUUGAAACAACUCACAUCACUCAAUCUCUCCAACCAAUAUACCAUUCCUACAAUUGGGUUGCGAACUUUUUCACAAAAGAUUACAACUUUGACCUCUCUCACUUGUUCCAAUAUUUGUCAUUUCAAUAGCACUUAUCUGUUCCUCAUCGCCGAGUGUUUCCCUUUACUUGAAGAACUUGAUCUCAGUUACCCCUCAGGUUGCAGAUUUUACACCGGCUAUCCCGAUGGGAUAGAGGUUCUUUCACUUGCACUUAUUAAACUACGCAAGGUUAAUCUUUCUGGAUUUCCAAUAGACAACCAAUCGCUUUUCCACUUGUUCAAAAAUUGUAAGUAUCUUGAAGAGGUCGUCAUAUUUUGGUGUGAUCGGUAUGAUGAAAUAACCAAGGAAGGACUUGCUUUUGCUCUCAGUGAGAGACCAACAUUGAAGUCUUUAUCGUUUUCCAUUACUCCUUCAAAUCUGGAGUAUAGUGGAGUGUUCGUUACUUCACAUUUUAUUAACUCUUUGGUGAGUUUGAAGGGUUUGACUUGUCUUGUUUUGCAUCGGUUGAAGAUCUCAGAUCGGUUGCUCUACUCUAUUGCAAAGGAAGGUCUUCCUUUGACGAGGCUUGUCCUACGAUAUUGCACCGGACAUAGUUAUGAUGGCAUCUUUUGUUUGUUAUGGAAUAGUCAAUGUUUACAACAUUUGGAUCUUCAUAAGACUGAUUUUCUGAAUGAUCAACAUGUUGUCGAAUUGUCUUCUUUUCUUGGUGAUUUGGUAUCCAUAAACCUUACCAUUUGCAGGAAGCUCACAUAUUUAGCUUUGUUUGCACUUCUUAAGAAUUGUCCUUCACUUAGUGAGAUCAAAUUGGAAAGAAUUGGGAGUGCUGUUGUAGAGAAUUAUGAUUCUUUGGUGGAGUUUGGUGUAUACCCUCAAUUAAAGUCUCUCUAUUUGGGUCAAAAUUCUUGGUUAAAUGAUGAAAGCAUCAUAAUGUUUGCUUCCGUUUUCCCCAAUUUACAAAUGUUUGAUUUGAAUUAUUGUUGUAACAUAUCCGAAGGUAUUUGUCAAGUUUUAACAAAAUGUUCUAAGAUUAAGCAUUUGAACUUAGCUGGUUGUUCAAAAGUGAAGAUGCAUCAAAUGAACUUUGCAGUUCCCAAGCUAGAGGUGUUGAACUUGUCAGAUACAGAGGUAGAUGAUGAAUCACUCUGUGUAAUUUCAAAGAAUUGUUGUGGGCUUUUGCAACUAUUGCUUAAAUAUUGUAAUGGUGUCACAGAGAAGGGAGUUAAACACGUGGUAGAAAACUGCACACAACUGAGAGAGGUUGUCGUCGAGGGGAGUGACAAAUACAGGGAACUUUUCUCGCGUUUUGGUUACCCAUACCAUUUUCACUAGUAUUCUAAAAGUGUUGCAGUGUUGUUAAAUGGCGCACCAUGACGGAUUGACAGAUUUUUAACAACUGCCAUAGGCAAUUUGUGAAGGAAUGCCGAUGCCUGUCUUCGCUAGGCCGCAAUGGG